AUGGGAUCCAAAUCACUGGGGCCGUUUGUGCAUUUUGCACUCCUGGCCUUCCAGGUCCACAACAAGACUGGAGAAAGGUGGUGUGGGAUCGGGAAUGUGGAGGAAAAUUGUACUUCCUCUGAGAAUUACAACCCCUAUGAGGGACCCAAUGAGAACCCCGAAGCAGAACUUCCUCUCAAAGCUGGGAAAUAUCUGUAUGUUUACGGAGACAUGGACGAAGAUGGCUUUUAUGAAGGCGAACUGAUGGAUGGUCGAAGAGGACUUGUCCCCUCAAACUUUGUCGCUCUAUUACAAGAUGAAGAAUUGUUUCUGUUCCAUUCUGUGGACACGGAGAUGGACAAUAAUUUACUCAAUUCAGAUGUGAGUCACAUGGGCCUUCAUCUCCAUACUGAUGGUGUGUUGCAGGAUUCCAAGACAGAUAGUCUGCUGACCAGUCAGACGGAGCCCACAUUGUACAACAAUGGCACAGGAACAUUGGAUGUGAACAUUGAUGAAAUUGGUGAAGAUAUUGUGCCUUACCCCAGGAGAAUCAACCUGAUUAAACAGCUAGCCAAAAGUGUGAUCAUAGGAUGGGACCCUGCGGCUGUACCUCCAGGAUGGGGAACUAUUAACAGCUACAAUGUUCUUGUAGAUAAAGAAGUGAGGAGUAACAUCCCCUUUGGAGGUAGAACUAAGGCUUUGAUAGAGAAACUCAACCUGGCCAGUUUCACAUAUCGGAUAUCGAUCCAGAGUGUGACAGACCGAGGAAUUUCAGACGAACUGAGAUGUACCUUGUUGGUGGGGAAGGACGUCUGUGUGGCCCCUUCCCACCUGAAAGUGGAGAACAUCACGCAGACAUCAGCCGAGGUCUCCUGGUUGCCCAGCAACAGCAACUACAGUCACGUGAUCUUCCUCAAUGAGGAGGAGUAUGAUGUGGUCAAAGCCUGUAGUUACAAGUACCAGUUUUUUAACCUAAAGCCUUGCAUGGUGUGUAAGAUAAAGGCUGUGGCUCAACCUCAUCAGAUGCCCUGGCAAUUGCCCUUGGAGCAGAGAGAGAAGAAGGAGAACCUGGUUGAAUUUUGCACCCUUCCUGCAGCAGGUCCCCCAGCACCUCCUCAGGAUGUUAUAGUCCAGGUUGGAGCGACACCAGGAACAAUCCAGAUCAGCUGGAAACCACCAUUACUCAGCUCAUCAGGAACAUCGAAUGGAGCCAGGGUCACUGGCUACAGUGUGUGUGCUAAAGGUCAAAAGGUAGCGGAAGUGAUGUUAGCCACAGCUAAUGGUGUGACUGUAGACUAUUUAAGGAUACAAAACCUGGAAACCAGAGAGAUUAUCGUACGGACAAUAUCUGCCCAAGGUGAAUCUGAAGACUCUUAUGCUGCAGCUAUCCCAACUGACCUACUGGUGCCUCCAACCCCUCAACUCCGGGCUGCUUCCAGAACCAAGCCAUUAGUAAGUGCCAGAACUCCCGUUACCAAAGACCAACCAAUGGGCCCAAAUCUGAGAAGGGACGAGUCAUGGGAGCAAACACCCUCACCAUCUCCUCUCUAUGGCCGCUCUUUGGAGCCUACAUUGCCGAACCAUCACGGGCCCUCCACCAACCGGAGAUCACCAUCGCCGCAGAGAAUCCUCCCACAGCCCCAGGGAACCCCCAUUCCAAACACCAUCGCUAAAGCCAUCGCCCGAGAAGCAGCUCAACGCGUCGCAGAGAACAGCAGGGCCGAGAAACGAAGUAUAUUUAGCGAGAGAAGCAAAUCUUUGCACCAGGAAAAUUCAGAUGAUGAGGAGGAUGUUUAUGACGGACAAAUCAUCAAAAGGCCCGGCGGCUCAGUGGACGAUUUCCUGAGGGGAUCCGAGCUGGGGAGACAGCAGCAGUACACCCAUGUGGAUGACUAUCAUACAGAGAGCAGCCGGGGGUCAGAUUUGUCAGACAUCUUGGAGGAGGAUGAAGAGGAGCUGUAUUCAGAAAUGCAACUUGAUGAAGGGGGUAGGAGAAGGCACAGUGUGACUUCACAUAACGCACUGAAGAUUUUAGGUAAUCCCUCAGGAGCCGGGCGUAUGUCGGACAGAAUGGAUCAUUUGGGCCGAAGGGCAUCCCAUGGUAGCGCUGUACAGAGAGGGAGGCCCAUGACCGUGCCAUCGAUUGAAAUCACAGUGGACAGUAACAGUGAAGGGGGUCGCUCCCGUUCAGGAAGUGAAGGUAAUAUCUCUCCAACGAGGGAAGAUGUUUAUUAUCGGAACAUUGCUGGGCGGAGGAAAUGGCCUCUCCAACGCAGCAUGACAUCCGAGAAUCGAUACGGCAGAUACCAUGGGAGAGAGCGCCUGUCUCCAGAGUCAGAGGCUGAUGUGUGCAGCGAGGACCUCCCACCUAGAGUUUUCGUGGCUCUUUUUGAUUAUGACCCUUUAUCAAUGUCACCCAAUCCUGAUGCUGCAGAGGAAGAGCUUCCGUUCAAGGAGGGACAAAUAAUUAAGGUCCAUGGGACUAAAGAUGCAGACGGAUUCUAUCACGGAGAGACAAAUGGGAGAGUGGGUCUUAUUCCCUGUAACAUGGUCUCCGAAAUCCAGACAGACGACGAAGAAAUGAUGGAUCAGCUGGUCAAGCAGGGUUACCUGCCUCUCAACACCCCAGUGGAGAAAAUUGUGAGCUCUGAGCGUGAUAAAGAGAGCACACGCUCUAUUAACCGCAGAUCCCGCAAGUCUAAACGAGAGAGGAACAGGCGAAGCAGCCAGCAACAUUCAAUCACUACCCGGAGAAUGGUGGCUCUAUAUGAUUAUGACCCAAGGGAGAGUUCGCCUAACGUUGAUGUGGAGGCUGAGUUAACGUUUUGUGCUGGAGACAUCAUCAAUGUCUGGGGGGAGCUGGAUGAAGAUGGAUUUUAUUACGGGGAGAUCAAUGGCCAGAAAGGUCUGGUUCCUUCAAAUUUCCUGGAAGAAGUGCCUGAUGAUGUUGAGGUCUAUCUCUCUGAUGUCCCUGCCAGAUACCCUCAAGAUGCACCAGUACGCGUGAAAGGAAAAAGGGUCCCUGGUGAAAACACUCCAAGGAGGGCUCCAUCUCCAACUGUACAUCCCCACCAUCACCAUCACCACUCUGGAGCUGCUAUAGUAGAUGGGCCAGACAGCCAUGUCUGGGUCAGAGAUAUGGCUUCAAAAAAGAAAAAGGGACUGUUAUCAAAAGGAAAGAAACUGCUGAGGAAGCUUGGCGGAGUGAAGUGA